UUUUAGAGAGCUUUUCAUUGGUCAGAAAACUUUGAUCAAAAGCUGAAGUGCACAGAAUAAUAUCAUAAGACCGUUGUUUGAUUUUUGUGGAAUUCAGAGCCUGUACGUUUGAAUGUUAAUAUCUUCUAAAUGUGAAUGUUUUGGAUCACACUAUUGAUAUCCUCAAGACCAACAUAUUUAUUCAAAAAGGCAAAAUAAACUUCAAUUUUAAUUUCAAAAGGGACUUUAAAGUUUCAGAUAUGAGACGGGAAUUACCUUCACUUGCAUUGUGACUGCUCAAGUGUGUGAAAUGCAGGGGAAGUCAAGGUUUAACACCUUUUUUUGCAAGUCGCCAUUAUGUAUCAUGACUGUAGAAGCAAAGAUAUGCCAGAAGUUUAAAAAUAGCUAAUUUAAACAUUUGCAUGACUGAACGUGUUUAUUCUACAUGUAUGUUUAAAACCCACACUGCCCAUAAAUUCAGCAUUUUUGUUUAGUAUCUCCUAAAGUGUUGUUGCAUAUUGUGUCAUUUCCUCCCGGAACAGUACGUUUGUCACAAGAUUUAUGUGGAAACAUGUGGCUUGCCAACACUUCUUGUUUCUUUUAUUUAAGUAUUGUAGAAUGAUGUGUUUAGAAUUUGGCUGACUUUAAAAUCAAUCUACUUGUUGAUUUAUUUUGAAAACCCGGGAAGCAAUGACCCUAAGAGGAAUAGCUCUGGUAAUCUAUACUAUUUGCAUUCAACAAGCGUGGCCUGGGGAUGAACAUACAACUGGUUAUGUCGGCAAGUCGGUUGUUUUAAAAUCUGGUGAAGACCAGUCUUCGAUACUUACCAGAGUUCAGUGGUUCAUCUAUCAAAACACAACUUAUAUUGCCAGUCUGAAUAAUGGGGCGACACGGACAGAAAGGUUUUGGAGAUACAAGGGACGACUUGAGCUCAACAACAAAACAGGAGAUUUGACGAUCAAAAAUCUGAGCAUGGACGACAGUAUGACAUACAACGUGAAGGUGACAAUCUCAGAAAUUCGGAAAGAAAGCAAAAUUCAUCUAAAAGUCCAAGAACGACUCAAGAAGCCGAAUAUCCAUCAAGUGUUUAAUUUCUUCAAGGAUGGCCAAUGUCACAUCUUUCUUAGGUGUGAUCUAUCUGAUGAAAAUGUCCAGUUGUCUUGGACACUUUGGGAUGGGUUUAGUGGAUCCUACAGUUCAGGAAACACAAACCUAACAGAGUCUUUUCUUUGGACGUCAUUUAGUGUCAACAAAUAUGCAACCUUCAAAUGCACUGCCUCCAGUGGUCAACAGAAUGAGACACAACAGAUAAAAGUGGGAUGUAUAGAAGAAACCAAGUUAAAAGCCUGCAGUUCGUGCAGUUGUGCUUCAAUGGUUUUCUUAGGGAUCAUAUGUACAGCUGUGGUUUUUGGUUUACUAUAUGCUUCUAAAGGAAAGUUGAAAGCUACCUGCGCUGACGGUCCUCUUCAUGUCUAUCAAAGUUUAUUUAAAUGUUAAAAGCUGGAUCUGCAAUUCUUUCUGCAAUUCUUUUUGUCAUACUGCUCCCAUUCACACUGAUACACAGCUUUCCUGUAGCUCAGUGGUAAGAGCAUUGCGUUAACAACGCAGGUUGUGGGUUCGAUCCCAGGGCAUUGCAAAUACCUAUGUAAAAUGUAUAGGAUAAAGCAAUGUAGGUCGCUUUGGAUAAAAGCGUCUGCCAAAUAUGUAAAAAUGUAAGAAUGUAAAAUGUAAAAUACACAGCAAACUCCCUGGUGUUAAAUACCUACGGGUGUACAAAUUUACACUGAAGCAGAGUCUUUCUGGUGUCAAAUGUUAAUUUAUUAAUGCCGUUAAUUAAUCAAUUGAGUUCACAUUACAAGUGAUGAUUGAUCAUUAAUGAUAAACACCCGCUGUUAACAAACACAAUCACUGAAGAAAACAUCACAUUUACAUUUUACAUUUAGUCAUUUAGCAGACACUUUUAUCCAAAGCGACUUCCAGGUGGGGUAGGCAAUGGAAGCAAUUGGGACAGCAUAAGGACAACAUUUAUUUGUGUCUUUAUUUCACUGAAAGCAAAGUUCAAAGAGGCCAAGCGAUUAUUUUGGUGAAUGAUACAGAACCAAAACAUUAUACUUUUAAAGAUUUUGAUGAUCUUAAGUUUUUCUGACCCUGCAUAGCGGUACCCAAUUAUUUUUAAAGGGACAAUAUGUUUUAUUAAUUUAAACACACAGACUUCAAGAAUCUAUGAAUGCAUCUCGAUGAUGGUGACAAUCAACAACAGAUUAACUUUAGGUAGCAAUGUAUUCUGGGUAACAUGAUGCUAGAAACUCCUCUAUGACUCCCAGAAAGCGUUGCAGUUGAUCUGUUCAUCUUAAUAAUUCUGUAGCUUGUCACCAUCAUUGAGGUUUGAAUGAAGAGUGUUGGUGUCUAGAUGUAUCAAUGGUUUUUUCUCCAGAGUGAUUUAAGUGAUAUUUUUACCGCUGUAGUGUUACAGACAGCAUUUUACAGGAAUAGUGUUAAACUGAAACUAACACAUAAGUUCUGUUUUUAUUGCACACUCAACCACACACAUAUUUUGACCCAUGUAUAACUUUAACCUAUAAGUAUUAAUAAGACAACACUGAAAGAAUUAAAAUAAACAAAUAUCUACAAGCAAAGGCAAGGACUAAAGGAGUCAUUGUUCUCCAUAAUGGUGACCUCAAAAUCUACUUCUCUUUUUCAUGUUUUCUUCAGUGAUUGUGUUUGUUAACAGCAGGUGUUCAUCAUUAAUGAUCAAUCAUCACUUGUAAUGUGAGCUCAAUUGAUUAUUUAACUGCAUGAAUAAAUUGACAUUUCACACCAGAAAGACUUUGCUUCAGUGUACACCUGUAGGUAUGGUCUCAUAUAUACACCAGUGUGUACAUUUUUAAACCAGGGACUUUGCUGUGAUAGCAACCAUUAAGAAAAGUGGCAUAAAUAUACUUUUAUAUCUUUUGUUGAAGGGGCAGGACCAUAUUUGAAUCAAUUAAGCAUGUAAGUUAAGCAACUCUUUUAGUAAACCCAUCUUUUAAUAGCCAUUUUACAAAACUCUGUUGUUCUAUAACUUGUUUUUCUUUAACAUGACAAUCAGAUUAGCAUAUUCUGGUACGCUACUACCAUAAUCUUAAUUAAAUAAACAACCCUUGGAAUAAAGAACUAGAUAUAGGCUACAUGUUCAAAACACGAUAUGCACUGAUAUGACACACAUAUUCUUAUGCCGAAACAUUAUUUGCCGAUUCAUCAUGUCUGUGUGAGUCACAAUUCUGUGUAGAGAAACACCCAUAAAUCAUUAAUCUUUCGAGAUAAAGAAAACAAACAAAUUCCCUGAACCUAUAAUGUUUUUUCAGGAACAAUAGCAUGGCAAUCACUACAAUUGAUAGCAUCGGGUUAAAUUACAAAAAAAUAAUAAUACAAUGGUUCCCUACCAAUAUUAUUUGGAUAGGGUCACAUUUGCUCUGCCAUGUCAAGUGCACUUUUAAAUGUCGCAGAUCAAACAAAGAAAUAUACUAGGGUUAACUCAAGGAAACACUGAUCACCAUGAUGGUAAGAUUCUUAAAACGCGCAUGAAAAACCUCUAAGGAACAUUCAUAUAACAAACUUUUGUUAGCUGAGUUGUAUUUAAGGUUGAAGUUGUUGUGUUUCUUUUGGUAAAUUAAUUUCAUCACUAAUGAUUCAAGCAUCACUAUAAUAAUAAUGAAACAAAACAAAUUCUGUCUUUUGACAUGUGGCAUAGCUUUGGCAUGCCUGAGGGCAAAAUCUGGGAAAUAGGAGAGGACCGCCCAAGGGC